GUAUAUCGUUGCGUCGUCAGCAACGCGAGACAGGCGGCGCAGGCAGCAGGCUCGUUCGUACGUCAAACCAGGGCCUAUCAGCGAGCAAGCGGUGUUGUGAUGCCAGUCAUCAACGCGGUCUUAUACGUAUUAAGGGCUUACGAAAGCUACCGUACCUGGUGCUUCCGAUACCCACUUCUGGCUUGGAUCAUCAGAUGGAUAUGCAUCGUCUUAGUCAUUAUAGCAUGCGUCUAUCUGGUGUUCUCCAUCUUCGUGGUCCUGCUGCAUGCCUUGGGCUGGCGCUCCGCCGGUGUCGCCGCCGGAUCGUUUGCUGCGGGGCUGCAGUCCACCAUCUGGAGAGCGUUCACUGGUGGCAUCUUUUCGGUCUUGCAACGCUGUGGUACUACACUGACGGUGUCUCCGGUAUGGACAUUGCUCUCGGUGGUCGUUCUGGGAAUUUGCUUUUUUGUAACGUGGGAAUUUGGCUAACGUUGGCGUGACCGACGCGACAGGAGGCUCAAAUUACCGUAGUUUACUCUUCUUACCCGCACCUCUACCUUACUCGACAUACGCGUAUCAGAUAACAGACGUCGUUCAUUUCAGUUUGGCCUGAGGAUCGGAUGGAAGGGUGGGCUCACUCUUUACAUUUUUGGAGGCG